UAAUCUGUGUGUAAAAUGGCUGCGGUCUGUCAUUGCGCCAGGCAGGACGAAUAACGCCGUUCGUAGAUUUAUUAAAAUAUAAAUUUAUGAUCUAGUAAACAAUGGACGAAAUAUGCCGACUGUGUUGCUCGUCUGGUUUUGUGAAGAAUUACAUAUUUGAUGAGGAGACAGCAUUGCACUUGAAGAUGUCUCUUUAUAUGCCGAUCAAGGUAUUGAAGGAUGAUCGUCUGCCGCAGAAGAUCUGUGACAAAUGCAGCUGUAAAGUGAAUGAUCUUUAUCAGUUUUGCAACGAAGCUAUAGAAGUUCAGAACAGAUUGCAAGCUGCUACAAUAUUGCCAGGUUUAGUGGAGGACAGCAACGGAGUGCCCCCUGUAAAGCACUGCCUGUCGCCACCUCCGGACACAUCCCUCCUGUUCCCUCUCAGCACCAUCACUCACUGUGACCAGGGCACGCAGACCGAACUGUGUCCGGAACCACUGAAGGAUCCGUAUCUUUCACAAUUAGACUCAACACAAAACAAAUCUGACUUUAAGGACUUGGCAGUAAAAAUCAAAGAGGAGCCAGAGGAAGAAGACUACGUACUAGAAGUCAAACCGGAAAGCAGCCCCAACCACUUCUCUCCGCACAGACCGUCUGAUGACAGUGAUGAUAACAUGUCACUGGAAACACUAAAAAUGCAGAAAAGGAAACGGAAGCAUAAAAAAGGCAAGACCUCCUUGACAAACGGUGAUGUAAAUACAAAAACAAAGAAAAGAAAAAAUAAGGCAUCAAACGAAUGGGAGAUGCUCGUGAAGGCUCUGCCUGUCGGUACAACUAUAGGUGUGGUGAAUAAGUCUGAAGAAGUAAAACUGCCGGAGGUGAAGAAAGAAGAAGAUUCUGACGGUCUUGAAGAUUUAGACAUGUUCCCAGAUCUUUCUAAGAAAGUGAAGCAGGAGCCAAAGACUUUCAACUGCUGUAUGUGCUUCAUGAAGUGUUUUAAUAAACAACAGAUGCUUGAGCACUAUAGGUGUCAUGCAGAUGACACGGAUCUAGAGCUGGGGCCUCCGCCGCCGCCACCCAUACCCGAGGACGGACCUCCCAAGUGCACUAGGUGUAACAAGGUGGUGGAGCCAGAGCUGUGGGCGGCGCACUGGCAGCGGCACUGGGAGCGCGACAAGCGCCCCUACCGCUGCGCGCGCUGCGAGCGGGCCUUCCGCGACGCUAAUGCUAUACUGAAGCAUGGCGUCAGUCAUGAUGAAGAGGCGGACUCGGAGACACAGAGGAACAAGCGCUUCCUGUGCGACCAGUGUCCCGAGGGGUUCUUCUAUAUGAGAUACCUCCUCUCGCACCGAGCUCGCGCCCACCCGGCCGCCUCGGCCGAACCCUUAGCCCUGCGCUGCGCCGAGUGUGACCGCACCUUCGCGCACCUCAACUCUCUCCGCCGCCACCAGAGGGCGCAUUCGGGAGAAAAGAACCAUCUGUGCAAUGUUUGUGGAAAGGCACUGUCUUCUAGGGAGCAUCUGAAGUUCCAUAUAAGGAUACAUACGGGAUAUAAACCGAACGUUUGCAAAACCUGCGGCAAGGGCUUCGUCAAAAAGUGCAACCUGACGCUCCACGAACGAACUCACUCCGGCGAGAAGCCACACGUGUGUCAACACUGCAGCAAGGCAUUCAGCCAGCGGUCCACCCUCGUCAUACACGAGCGAUACCACAGCGGCGCGCGGCCCUACGUGUGUGGUCUGUGCGGGCGCGGCUUCGUGGCUAAGGGGCUGCUCUCCAUGCAUCUCAAGACCACCUGCAUAUAGCGACUAACCACGCUCGCUUUUGAGUAGACUUGCUCAAAUGCUACAGCCAUUGCCAGUGAAAGUGAUGUGAACUACAAUUUCCAGACCUCAGACUAUUCUGUUUUAAGUAUGUGAUAAUAUUAUAAUACCAUAAUAUUAAAUUAGUGAGUUACAUUAAUUAAGUGAGUUACAUUAAUUAAGUGAGUUCUUAAAUUUGUAUAUCCGUUGAAAAUGGGCACAAGUAUGAAGUUACUAUGUUCUAGCAAAGACCUUUUAUCAAUUUAUUAAUAAAAUGUUAGCUACAAUGUUACUUAUUGUAAUUAUAAUAAUUGUAAAUAACUAUUAAGGAAAAUAAGUACUUUUAAUUUAAGUUUUUGUUUUUUGUUCAAGAGUUUUUUUAAAUGCUGAAACGUACAAAAUCAUAUUAAACUUUGUCAUUUACUACCUAUUAUACCUACUGUGAAUCUCGAUUCACACAGGAUCUCGAUCCUACUCUGAC